CCGGGCCUGGGCCUCGGCUGCCCGCACUAAACAUGGCCGCGGGCCCGGCUCUCGGACUACAAGUCCCAGGAGCGAGCGGGAGGGCGCGGCGCGGCCGCAGCCCGUGCGGGCUCUGAGGCGGCGGUGGCGGGGCGGCCGGAGCGCGGCGGCCGGAGCUGGCGCUGCCCUGGGCUGACCCCGUCGGGGGCUGCGCGGGGCCGGGUGCGGGGCCCGGGCCCGCCCGGAGACACUCCAUGCUGCCCCGCCAUGUGCAGAGGCUGGGCAGAGACUGGAUCACCCACUGGAAUGGCUCCCAGAUACUCGCCUUCAACAGCCCAGUUUCCAGCUGUAUGAGAUGGGCCGGACACUAUCCUCCCUGGGCCUCCUUUCCACUCCCUAUUCCAGCUGAUUUUUCAGCAAACUGGAGAUUCCCUCCAUUUUUUGGACCUUGGAGACAAUUUCAGAAUUCUAAUUGGCAUCUGGAUAACUACACACAAAGUUGUUGCUUUCACCUCCCCAGCCCCAGUAUGAAAUCUGAGGGAGAAGAACCAUUGACAAAGAAGAGAAGACUCAGUGGCCAGGAUGAUACUUCAACUCCUGAACAAGAAACAAACUUGUCUAAUCAGAAGGAAGUAUCUUGUCUUUCUGGAGCACAGAAUGAAGAAAAACAUGGCAGCAAGAAAGGAACCAUCAAAAGACACUGGGAAUAUUUCUGUCAGCAGAGUAAAACAAUGAAAAUCGCUAAAAAUAAAGGAUCUGACCAAAGCAGUACAGGAAGUGAAGCAACAUUUGAUUUCACAGUCAUGUCCUACAAUAUUCUCUCACAGAAUUUGUUGGAAGGCAACUCUCACCUGUACAAACACUGCAGGCAGCGACUGCUGUUCUGGACAUACAGAUUUCCCAACAUCCUACAAGAAAUCAAAGAGCUGGAUGCAGAUGUGCUCUGCUUACAAGAAGUCCAAGAAGACCAUUACAGAACAGAGAUCAAGUCAAGUUUGGAAUCCCUGGGGUAUCACUGUGAGUAUAAAAUGAGGACAGGCAGAAAACCUGAUGGCUGUGCCAUUUGCUUCAAAACUUCCAAAUUUAGCCUGAUUUCCUCAAACCCUGUGGAAUUUUUUCGCCGUGAUAUCCCACUCUUGGACAGGGACAACGUUGGACUGGUGUUGUUGCUGCAGCCCAGAUUUCACUGUAAAGCCAGUGCUGCCAUCUGUAUUGCCAAUACACACCUGCUGUACAACCCAAGGAGAGGGGACAUCAAACUGACCCAGCUUGCAAUGCUCCUGGCAGAGAUUGCCAGUGUUGCCCCUCAGAAGGAUGGCUCCUUCUGCCCAAUUAUCAUCUGUGGGGACUUCAAUUCUGUUCCUGGCUCCCCGCUGUACAGAUUUAUAAAGGAAGGAAAGUUAAAUUACGAAGGACUUGCUAUAGGGAAGGUCUCUGGACAAGAACAGUUUCCAAGGGGACAAAGAAUCUUAUCUAUUCCAAUUUGGCCAAAAAAAUUAGGUAUUUCACAAAACUGUGUGUAUGAAAUCAAACAGCAACAAAAGGAAAAAAAUGCAGAAGAAAAAAUGAAAGCAGCAAAACCAGACAACACUCAGGAGAUUGCAAUAGCAUCUGAAAAGUUGUCUUCAAAAUUGCGGCACCAUUUUAAAUUGUCCUCAGUCUAUUCUCACUAUUUCCCUGAAACUGGGAUACCAGAAGUGACAACUUGUCAUUCCCGAAGUGCUGUCACCGUGGAUUAUAUUUUCUACUCUGCAGCAAAUGAUGAUACUGCUGCCCAGCCAGGAGCAGAGGAUCCUUUUUGUGGAGGUCUGAAACUUCUUGGCAGGUUGGCACUUCUAACAGAGAAAGACCUUUGGACUGUUAAUGGCCUUCCCAAUGAAAAAAACUCUUCUGACCACCUGCCACUGCUAGCAGAGUUCAGGCUGAUUGAACGGUAAUAUCCAAAGGACUUUUGGUGUAGGUAAAGUUCCCUUUACCUUCUUUCUUCAUGGGAUGAUUAUUAUUAUUUUUUUAAAGGUUAAUUCAAGCACUGCUGGUCCAGUUCAAGUAAGCUUGCCUGCAUGCUGAUUUGUUAGUGUUGUGUAAAGUAGACUUUUUAAAGGGAAUUUCCUUUUUUUAAAAAAAACAAAGCUCUUUCAUUUACUUUAUGAAGUCUUUUAGGGAGAAAAAGAGAAGAUUUUACAUUAGCUUCCUCUUUGAUAAAGGACAACAUCUGUGCCAGGCUCAAAAUGGCAUUAUUUUUCAUGGAUAUGUUGUAAAUGAUUUUUAUUGUAAAUCACAGUAAAAGGGACUAUUCUGAGAACUGUGUGUUUCUUCAAGCAAAGGGGAAUGUGUUUGUGUGCCUGCAGCAUUUUAUAAUGAGUUGAAAAUAAUGUUUUACUACAAAUGUGCUCUCUGUGGACACUUCCAUCUUAACACUUCUGCAAAGGAAUUUAUUCAGUGUCCUCAGUGCAGAGGCUGCAAGAUUGAACUUUCAAAGGAAGAAAGGCAUAUAGGCAAAUAUUUGUGUUUUAAGAACUUGCUGCUUAAAAUUCUAAGGGCUUAAAUAGAGGUGGGAUU